CAAGGUGCCUUCCCUUUCCCUGUCCUUCCUUACUGAUACCAAUGUUAGGUGACCUUGUCCAUCUUCUCCCCAGGUGACCAGGCAUUGAUGCACCCCCAGGGAGGCCACGCACUCAAGGAGGCCACCCCCGCUGGCUGCUGCUCACAUGGUUUCUGGGCCCCUGGCACUCCGGUGGUGCGCGUGGGCAGGGCGUGGGGACAUGGGGCCCGACAUGGAAUUGCCCAGCCACUCAAAGCAGCUCCUGCUGCAGCUGAACCAGCAGAGGACGAAGGGCUUCCUGUGUGAUGUCAUCAUUAUGGUGGAGAACUCCAUCUUCCGGGCCCACAAGAAUGUCCUGGCUGCCAGUAGCAUCUACUUCAAGUCCCUGGUCUUACACGACAACCUCAUCAACCUGGACACGGACAUGGUCAGCUCCACAGUGUUCCAGCAGAUCCUGGACUUCAUCUACACAGGCAAGCUGCUGCCCAGUGACCAGCCGGCCGAGCCCAACUUCAGCACUCUCCUUACUGCCGCCAGCUACCUCCAGCUGCCCGAGUUGGCAGCCCUGUGCCGCCGCAAACUCAAGCGUGCUGGCAAACCCUUUGGCUCUGGACGGGUGGGAACUGCUGGUAUGGGGCGCCCCCCCCGCAGCCAGCGGCUUUCCACGGCCUCUGUAAUCCAGGCUCGGUAUUCAGGUCUUGUCGAUGGGCGUAAGGGGACCCAUUCCUCCCAGGAGCUCUCCCAGGCCAAAGGCUCAGAUGAUGAGCUUUUCCUCAGCAGUUCUAACCAAGAGCGCACACACGGCUUGGGCCGGGCUAUCUGUCCAGCUAGUGGGGAGGCUGGCUUGGGCAGCUGCAGUACCAAUGGGAGCAGCGGGGGUUGUGAGCAGGAGCUGGGCCUAGACCUGUCCAAGAAGAGCCCCCCCUUACCGCCUACCACCCCUGGUCCUCCUCUCACUCCUGAUGACCCGGCCCAGCUGAGCGACAGUCAGCAUGGCUCACCCCUCUCAACCUCUGCCCCUCCUGUUGCCAAUAGUGCCUCGUAUGCGGAGCUGGGGGGCACCCCCAAUGAGCCAAUGGAUCUGGAGGGGGUAGAGGACAACCACUUAAGCCUGCUGGAGGGGCCUGGUGGGCAACCUCGGAAGAGCCUGCGGCACUCGGCCCGCAAAAAAGAGUGGAGCAAGAAGGAGACUGUGGCAGGUUCACCCUUUGAGCGGAGGGAAGGAGGACCCAAGGGUCCUUGCCCAGGAGAAGAAGGAGAGGGGCUUGGGGACAGGGUUCCCAAUGGUAUCCUGGCCAGCAGUGUCAGAGGGGCUGGUCCCAGUGGGCCCUACGGAGAGCCUACAUACCCCUGCAAGGAGGAAGAGGAGAAUGGCAAGGAUGGGAGCGAGGACAGCGGGCAGAGUGGGAGUGAGGGUGGCAGCGGCCACACGGGCACCCACUACGUAUACCGGCAGGAGGGCUAUGAGACCGUGUCCUAUGGGGACAACCUGUACGUGUGCAUCCCUUGCGCCAAAGGCUUCCCCAGCUCGGAGCAGCUUAAUGCCCAUGUGGAGACGCAUACGGAAGAGGAGCUGUUUAUCAAGGAGGAGGGUGCCUACGAGACCGGUAGUGGGGGUGCUGAGGAGGAGGCUGAGGACUUGUCAGCACCCAGUGCGGCCUACACGACUGAGCCCCGGCCCUUCAAGUGCUCAGUCUGCGAGAAGACCUACAAGGACCCGGCCACGCUUCGGCAGCAUGAGAAGACACAUUGGCUGACACGGCCCUUCCCCUGCAACAUCUGUGGCAAGAUGUUCACACAGCGCGGCACCAUGACACGCCAUAUGCGCAGUCACCUGGGCCUGAAGCCCUUUGCCUGUGACGAGUGUGGCAUGCGCUUUACCCGCCAGUACCGCCUCACCGAGCACAUGCGUGUGCACUCAGGCGAGAAGCCCUAUGAGUGCCAGCUUUGUGGGGGCAAGUUCACCCAGCAGCGUAACCUCAUCAGCCACCUGCGCAUGCAUACCUCCCCCUCCUAGAAGCCAAAGACCCUUCUCCCCCACCCAGGGCACUGUCUGCAGACUUGCCCUUGGGAACCAAUGGAAGGAAGAAGCAAGGAGGCCAGGCAGGUGGGACUGGAGGCCGGGCAGGCGGGACCGGAACCCUGCGGUCCAGCAGGGGUGGCUCCUGGUGGCACCUCCGGCCUGCCCCCCCAACACCCAGAGCUUUAAUCAACAGUCUGUACCAAGGGAAGAGAGGAGGAAAGCAGCGGGCACAAGUCCCACGUGUGCGUCACAGGUGUCCAGUCUACCUCCCCACACCACCCAGGCCUCUGCCUUUCUGCGAGGACACCCACGGGAGUGGGUCAUGGGAUCUCUCUGGGAUCCGACCCCUUCCCCACAGGGGAGUGGGGCCUUCCCUCUGUUGGGAACCAGGGGUGGUGUUCGUGUGUGCACGAGUGCUUGUCUAUGUUCUGGCGGCCCUGGUUCUGCAGGAGUGGUGCUUGAGGAGGGCACAGAGCCAUCCGUCCUUUAAGCCAGGGGCCUCACCGCCUACCUCUCCAUACCUAAAUAGCCCUCUGGGCCUCUGUUGCUGUUAUUCCUACUGAUCUGUUCCUUUUUUCUUUUUGAAUUUUGUUUUUUAAACCAAAACCAACAAGAGUUGA